GAAGCCUAGAACAGCACCCUAGCACCAAGAAGCCUGUAACAGCCACCUAUCACCAAGAAGCCUAGAACAGCACCCUAGCACCAAGAAGCCUAGAACAGCACCCUAGCACCAAGAAGCCUGUAACAGCACCCUAGCACCAAGAAGCCUGUAAAAGCACCCUAGCACCAAGAAGCCUGUAGGAGCGUCAUGCCAGCGCUGCCAUGCUAAAGUUUGUCACGACCAAACCACCACGCGCGCGCUCCUCCAGCGGAUCGGGAACUCCCGACCGUGACGUCACACACCGCUCGUCUCGAGAGACCUCGCCCUCGGCGUCCUCCCUGCGAGCCCACCAGUCGCCUCGGUUCGUCAGAAAGCACCACUCGUUCUCCCAGCCUCACCACUACCCCGACCCCAAGGGCGGGGUCCCGGCGCCGUACCGUCAGGGAUCGAAAACCCCGUUUGUCACGCUCACCUCCGGGGACGCAGCUUCUCGACAACGCGGUGACACUUCAAGGCUGUAUCAAGCUCCACCGGAGUUCAGAUCGCAGGAUAACCUUUACCUUCAGCAGAGGAACGCCACGCCAUCUCACCAGCAGCAGAUGCGGCAGCACCUACAGCCGUCUGCCUUCCAGAACACGAAGUACUCCUACAAGCAAGCCACGCCCAGCGAAUCUUCCGGUCAGUACGCAACCCUCUACUUCCCUCCAACCAACUCGUCCUUCCAGUCAUCCAAAGAAAACAAAUUUCCCCUAGAGCUGAAGGGACUGUACUCUGUCAAUAAAGAAAAACCUCACGUCUCGUUUGCUGAGCAACCCCAAGAAACUCCAGUUCCUUCACAACAACUAGAUUCGAAAUAUUCAGGGGCGACAACUCUCACUAGCACAGCCUCAUCGUCUCAAACUAGCGCCCAAACUAAAGAUCUUUUUGCAAAGAAACCAUCUCCUUCCUUCCCCAGACGCCAAACGGUCAACCAAUCAUACACCGACGCCACCACAUCUAGGUCAGUAGGUCAGCCUUCUAGCCAAUCAACAGCGCCCGUUACUCCCCAUUGGACGUUGGACACUAAAGAUUCAAGAGAACCUGCCCAGACUUCUUCUACUAGAGACCAGUACCCGUCAUCAAGAGAGCUCUACGUGGCUUUCCCCAAAGAAUCUUUUUACUCAUCUUCAAAAGAGGCACACCCCGCUUAUACAUCAGAACCCUACUCUACAUUAACAAAAGAACCGCAUCAUCUUUUCUAUAAAGAGCCUUAUCCAUCAGCACCAAAGGAGCAAUAUUCUACUAUUAGAAAAGAGCAAUACUCCACCGUCACUAAGGAGCCUUUUCCCGCUAGUAAAGAGCCCCAUUCUACCAAAGAGCCCUAUUCUACUGGUAAAGAGCUUUACUCUACUUUUACCAAGGAGCCUUAUUCCACCAGAAGCGAUCCCUAUUCUACUAUCCCAAAAGAGCCCUACCCUACAAUCGGUAAAGAGCCUUACACGACCUUGACCCGUGAGCCUUACCCCACCCCCUCAGCCUCGCUGCCGCAGUCUCCCAGGCUCACCCACCGUGCCUUGGAUACGUCAUCCCAGCCUCAGCUUGACCCGCAGAGCCUAUCGCACACCAGGUUGCCAGAGGUCAACAGGAUGCCAGAGGUCAAACAAGUGAUGACGUCAUGUGUUCCACAAGCCGGCCACGAGACGAGCAAUGAAGCGGUAACAAAGAGUCAAAUGUCUUCAGUCAGAUCUGCUGGUCUGUCAUCCACCACACAGUCCAGCAUGUCAUCCACCAUGCGAGACAUGUUAAACAAGAGCCACGACCAGUGCCAGAUCGAGGGCAGCUUGACCUUGGAUUUGGUUUACAUCACGGAACGGAUUAUAUCUAUGACCUUCCCCUCUGAAGGUCACGAUACGACCUAUGCGUUCAACCUGAAAGAAGUUGUGCGCAUGCUCAAGACUAAGCACCAGGACAACUACUUGAUAUUAAAUCUAUCUGAGAAGCGCCAAGACCUAACCAAGUCAAAUCCACAGGUCAAGGACUUCGGAUGGCCAGACCACCUCGCCCCUCCCCUAGAGAGACUUUGUUCAUUAUGCAAGGCCAUUGACUCGUGGUUGAAUGCAGAUCUGAGAAAUGUAGUGGUGCUUCACUGUAAGGGUGGCCGCAGUCGUAUUGCCAGUGUCAUAGCUGCUUACAUGCAUUACAGCAACAUCUGCGCCAGUGCUGACCAGGCUCUGGACAGGUUCGCGAUGAAAAGGUUUUAUGACGACAAACUAGGUGGCCUCCCCCUCCCUUCCCAAAGAAGAUAUGUUCGCUAUUUUUCUGGACUUUUGUCCGGAGCCAUAAAGAUCAACAGCAACCCCCUCUACCUACAUCACAUCCUGAUUCAUGGUGUCCCUAACUUUGACACCAAGGGCGGCUGCAGACCAUUCAUUAAAGUUUAUCAAGGGAUGCAACCCAUCUUCACAUCAGGGGUCUACAAUGUGACAGACAACAUGCAGAAGGUCUGUAUCUCCAUCUCCCCUGGGAUCCCCCUCCGUGGGGACAUCCUGAUCAAGUGCUACCACAAGAAGACCAGGUCUGGUCAGCGCGAGGUCAUGUGGCAGUGCCAGUUCCACACCUGUGCCAUCUCUGACAACAGUGUGGUCUUCAGUAAACAAGAGCUGGAUGAUGCUGUAUUGGAUCCAAGAUUCCCAGAUAAUGGCAAAGUAGAGUUUGUGUUUGGUCCAAGUUCUGAUGUUUUAGUCUCAGUGUCAGGCUUCAAGUCUGAUGUCACGGUUCCAGUAGAUGAUAAUGAGGAAACUUUGGCACGCUCAGAUUCUUACGAAAACUUUCAUCGUGUCUUGGAGUCCAUAGAUGCUGUGGAUUUCAAUGAAAACGGAAUUUCAUCUUCCCAAGUGACCAAAUCCCAAGUUUCCAACCAGCGAGGUGUGGACCACAACAAGGCGCCAGACGGAAGCCUGUACGCCACUGUCACAAAGAGGGGCCCACAGUCUCCGCCAGCUGCAGCGCCAUCACACCACGGCCCCCCUCAUUUAAUCAAUGGCUCAAUAUCCUCUAGUUUAGAUUCUGGGUACGCAGGGCACAAUACAAGCUUCAACUCCCAUUACACUUCCUCUGCCACCACCUCCAACAACAUUAACAACAACAUCAGCAGUCCUGAGAUCAUCAGCCCGCCCUACCAAAGCAGCCAAACCACACUCACCAGGAAACCGGCUCAGACGCUAGAGGAGCGCACGCAGCUUGACGAGCUGUUGAGCGACCUGCUGAGCGAUCAAACCUUCGUCUCUCCGACCCAGCGCUCACCCAAAUCUUUCCAGUCGGCAGUUGAGUCUCAGGCGCCGCUGUCCCCCAGCGGUGGCAACGUCGCCACGAGCCCAACCAUGAGCGCCGCAAAAACUGUCACCACCACCACGCGGACUUUCACGUCGUACUCCAGCACGGAUGCGCACCGGAACCCUGACCGCGUGCUGAUACAGCGCGCUGAGGUCUCGUACAAGGUCCCGGGUCAAGGUGAGGUCAAGGAUCACUACACCAUCGCAGCUGACCCGACACAGAUGCUGGACACGAGUCCCACGCGGCCGCCCCCGCCCAGCCAGUACCACCCCAAGGGUGUCCCCACCAAUGCCUUUUCUUACACAUCAGGAAUCUCCCAGCAGUCCUCGUCACAGAGAGCAGAGGUUAUCGAACAUGACGUGUUCAGGUCCCCUGUCAUGCAAGGGGUGCAGUCGACCCCCUCCUCCAACGUCUCUUACCGCACAGAGUACGAACAAAAACUGGACACGUCCUCACCUUCAUAUUCCUACAACUCCCUGGACGGGGAUACAAACUCGUGGCUAGCCCAGCAACAGCAGAAGUUGAAAAACUUCAAAGAAGGGCGUGACUCUUCUGGAAGAACUGAGCAAGAAAAGAAACUAGUAAAUGAAUUGAGAUUUGCACAGAAUAAAUAUUACACCCGCCGUACGCAGAGCGAAGAGGAAGAAAGGGCUAUUAUGGACUCUUACAACAGGCAAGCUCUCCACAAUGGGCCGCUAUCUCCAGAGCGGGUCACACAGACCUAUGCACCCCAAAGAUCCGCCAGCACCUCGGCCGUGGAUGCACCGUGGCCCCAGGACCAGCACUACAACACCUCCUAUAGCACCUCCUCCUACAUGGAGUCCCGUAGCUACGGUGACAAAAGAUCCAACAAACCCCCACCCUCCCCAACUAUGCAGAGAUCUGUCCAGCCCGCCCCCGCACCAGCCCCUGUGCCGGCGCGCACCAGCAGUAAAGAGUACAUGCGCACCAGGUCGAACAGCAGCAGCAGCAACUGGCAACAGCAGACGGUGAAUCAGCAGCAGCAGAAGCCGCUGCAGAGACAGCAGAGUGACACACUGUACGACAGGAACCGUGAGGUUGAGCACAUAUUGCCGAGGUCGUACGGCUCGAACCAGAGCACACCUCCACACUCUCCCCGGGCCAUCUCACCUGUGGGUCCCAUCAGCACAACAACAUACACUACGUACAGAACUAUAGACAGACAGAGGGAAGAGAGACAGCGUGAAAGACAGGAGGAGAUGAACCGUGCCAUGAGGGUUCAGCAACAGCAAGCACCACCACCACAACAACCACCACCACAGCAGCCACCAACCCAGAUCAAUCACCACUACAUCACGGAAGUAUUUGUCCACAGAACAGAUCUAAAUAAAGACAAGACAGACUCCUCCACACGCCUGGAUGAGCUUGAGAAAAACCUUGAGGCUGCCUCGCAGUCCAUCAAGGCCUCCAAGUCGUCGCAGCAGUACGCGACCCUGCCGCGCCAGCCGCAGGUGAUUGAGGAGACGGUGCAGCACCACUCCCAGCAGUUCCACACCUACCAGGAGAGUGUGAGUACACACGAUUCGGAGUUGCACCAUGCCGAGAAAAGCAUGCACACUAACCGCAGUGCCUCACCUCCCAUUUGGGAUAAUGUUUAUCAGAAGCCAGAGCCGCCAAGGGUGAAGGAGAUAGAAGAGGAUAGGAUUAUGCUCCGACCCAUUGGGCCGGGCAUGCAAACAUUGGAACCAGAGAGUGCACACACUGGGACACUAGGCAGACCUACGACGCCAGGAUUCCCCACAGGACCUGCAACACCACCCUUUCCCGUAUCGCCCCGGACCCCGUACCAAAACUCAGCUGCAUCUCCAACUAGUGUCUUUAGUUCUCAGCCAGCUCAAGAAUUUCACUUUGCGUCAGGGAGUACAAACUCUCUGCACCCACCACCCCGCAUGGGGGUGCGUCCACCCCAAAUACGGGGUGUGGAUGUUGCACACCUCACAAUUAACGAAGGCGUUGUUCUAACAGGAGGUCAAAUCAUCAGCCCCACUGGAACUCUGCAGGCUGCGCCCAUGCACCAGCACCAGUCUAUUCAGUACCAGCAGUACCAACAGUCACAGUCCUACCAGACCCAGUCAGGUCAGUCAGGACAUUUGGACGGCCAGGGACAAAACUCUCUACACAUUGAUACCAGUCCUAAGAUGUUGAUCAGUCCCUCUGCUGGGAGCCCCCCUUCACCUGGUAACUUCAACACACUGAGACAGCAACUGUCCUCCGCCCACUCCAUGUCUGGCUCUGUCAUCAGCCCUGGGCCUCACUCUAUGACUGGCCAGAGCUCCCCGAGUGUUUACUUUGGCUUGUCAAGACGAGGAAGUCUGUCAUCAUUGGCAGAUUCUGACAUGGUACACACUACACCAAAGUUUGUGAAAGACACAUCCAAAUACUGGUACAAGCCAAACAUCUCUAGGGAAGAUGCAAUUCAAAUGUUGAAGGAUAAACAACCAGGUACCUUUGUGAUCAGGGACAGUAACUCAUUCCCUGGAGCUUUUGGCUUGGCCCUCAAAGUGGCCACAAUCCCACCUAAUGUUCAGGCCAAGCCUUCAGGUGAUCCACUAGCAGAUUUAGUUAGACAUUUUCUAAUUGAGCCAACACCUAAAGGUGUCAGAUUGCGAGGAUGUAGUAAUGAGCCAGUAUUUGGUAGUUUGGCAGCCCUUGUGUAUCAACAUUCUAUCACACCUUUAGCCUUACCUUGCAAACUUGCAUUACCUGAAGCAGAUGUCAUUGAUGGACUUAUGACACCAGAAUCUCCGUUGAGCAGUACUGAACUCAACUCAGCAGCAACAUUGCUAGCACAAGGAGCAGCCUGCAAUGUGAUUUAUAUCAAUUCAGUUGACAUGGAGUCACUGACAGGACCCCAGGCAGUGGCUAAAGCUGUCAAGAUGACAUUUGACAAUGUCGUAUCAGGGAGGACAACUAUGGUUCAUUUUAAAGUGUCCAGCCAGGGUAUAACUCUCACAGACAACAACAGGAAAUUGUUCUUCAGACGCCACUACCCUGUGAGUGCAGUGACUUACUGUGGAAUGGAUCCACAAGACAGAAGAUGGAAAAGAGAAUUGGAUGCCCCAGGUUCACAGGGGGAUGCUAGAUUAUUUGGAUUUGUUGCCAGAAAACAAGGCUCUUCCAAUGAAAACUCAUGUCACAUUUUUGCUGAACUUGACCCUGAGCAACCAGCUUCAGCCAUAGUUAAUUUUGUAACGAAAGUCAUGAUUGGUCAGAGCAAAGUGAAAUCAUAGGGAAAUAGAUGAUGAAAUAGAUUUGAAACAAUUUUUCACCUCAUUAUCUGCCUACAUAAUUCAUCCAUCUUUGAACCAUCUCUGAUAUCUAAACUACAAAAUGAUACCAUGCGAACCGGAUGUUUUGAGAGAUUUUUUUUUCUUCACCGUAAUAGCCUCUACUAGCCCAUUCAUAUGUAGUCAUUGGUUAAAACUAUUCGUGCUGGCCUAUUAUUUUUGUGGACAUUACCUGUAAACCAAAUGACUCAUUUCUGCUACAGUUAUAUCAAUUCUUAUAUUAAUUUAUACAUUGGUUGUAAUUGUUGUGCAUUGCUUCGGUCUUGUGCUGACUUAUACGAGUAACAUGUUUACCUAAAUAAUUGUACAUUUUAUGUUUUUAACUUCGUAUUCUAACAACUGUGUUUAGUGAUCUUGGACAGUAAAUAGUGCUUGUACAUAGAUCUACUUUUUGGAUCGUUAGAUAGUUGAGUAGAUCGUUGUCAUUCUGACAGUUAAAUUUUAUCAGUGGCUGUUAUUUUAAUUGUAAUUUUUAAAAAUCGGAAGAGUUUUAACAUGUGUAUUUUUUUUUAAAAGGGCAAUUUGCAUUAAAUACAUUUUCAUUUACAUAAAUAUACAAUAACAUAUUUCAAGUAUUUAUUACUGUUUAUGUAGAACAACAAUUGUAAUUUUGCAAUUUAAAAUUAUUUUUUUUAUAUUUAAAACUACAAGUUUUUGAGCAUGAUGCAAAGUCAUAUAAAAUUUGUGCAUGAUUGUAUGACUAGCAUUUCAUAGCUCAUAAGAUUUCUUGUUUUGUGUCUCAGUUAGAUGAAAUGGUGUACAUGACAUAUAUAGUCUGGCUGUGGUGGGCUGAUGUACAUUACUUAUUUCUGUUAUACAAUUUCACUUGUAUUUAUCUGAUGUUAAGCUACAUCUAGAAGGCUUUUUUUUUUUUUAAAUUCUUUUAACAAACAUUUUAAUGAGCUCCGGUGUGAAGACUUUAUUUUAAACUUAAUUACAGCUCAUUGUUGAUUUGGAGAAAAUAUUCAACAUGUUGGAGAAAGAGCCUUUAUAGAGAUUAAUUUAUAUAUCUCGAAUAUUAUUUUUUAGAAUAUUAUUUUUUAACAGCUUAAUUUUAUGAUUAUGCAGAUAUAUAUUGUAACAUUAAAUAUUUAAUAUAUAAAUUAUACGAUGAAAAGUUAGUCUCAAGAUAUUCAUGUAAUUAUUUUUUUAAAAACGUUUUUGACUAUUUGUAUUCAAUUUAUUUACCCUGUUUCAGGCACAUCAUAAUUAUGACUUUUUUGUUAGGUUUUUUUAAAGGUAGAUUUAAAUAAUUUGGCCGUAGCACCCUUUUUUCAACAAGUUUAUUGAUUCCUGUUAUGUUUUUAUCAUUUUAUAAACAUUUCUUUUUUCUCCACUUGUGUAUAGAGAGAGAUUGUUCAUCUAUCUGUGUUUUUAUUACCUGUAAAGAAAACUAAACAUAAAAGCAAUGCCACGUCUCCACAAUCUUGGUGCUAUUUUGGUCCUUUGGCUGUUUGUGUGUUUGUUUUUGCUAGUGAAACGUACUGGUUAUGUUGUAGUCUCCUGGUUUUUUUUGGAAGGGUAUAUUAAGGACAAUGGAUUGCAGUACCAUUAUAUUUGGACGGAUAAAAUUUUUAACUAACUUGGUAUGAAUGGUGGCGUUUUUUUUUAAUUGUUUUUAAAACUAGCCCAAAAUGUUUGAAUGGCAGUUGGAGCUAACCACACUGCCAGUUGAUGACCACAGGUGUGCUGAGGGGGUUACAUCAUGCAGUAUACAUCUAUGGUUUUGUCUGUGUAGUAGGUUCGUCUUGGAGACGUGAUUACAGCAUUGUGAUAUACCAGGAUCUAUUUGUUUUAACAAUGUACGUUUGCUACUGGAAGCUAUAGUUAUGUGUAAACAAAUGUUUAGUCUAGUUACAAAUACACUGUGAACCAUAGCUAAUGUUUCUUGUUUUGAAAUAAAUUUUAACUUUUUUUUUUCAACUUGAAAUUGAUGUCAACUAAACUGUGCUGCAUAUUCCUAGGACAUAGUUGCCCUCAAAUAUACGCAUAUUAUUUUAACGUAUAUUAAUCCUGUACAAAUAUUGUAUACCGCUCUCAACACAUAUAAUAGUGCAUGGGUUUUUUUUUGUGUUGAAAAGAAUGCUUUAUUUUUAAGAACAAUUACUUUGUAGUUUCUGACACCCCCUUUAGGCCACCUCAGUUAUACAAUCCUUCACAUUUAGUAAGGUUAUAAUAAUUUAUUUUAGAUGUACAUUUUUUUAUUUCUGUGAAAGAAAAUAUUUUUGCCAGUUCUUUUUAGGUGCCUUGAUUUGAAAGUGCUAAAAUAUUUUGUAUUUUUUUUUUCAUUUAUGCAAGAACAUAAAAAGAUAUUUUUUAAAUAGUCCAAACACAAGACUAGAUCGCAAACACCACACAGACCACUUUCAUACAUGAUGCUUGUUUUCACUCUAAAAAUAUAUCACACCCUUUCUUCAGCUGAUUAGUUUGUAAAGUUGUCUAAAUAAACAUGUUUAUGCAUGGUC